AUGGUCGCCUUCCGCAACAUCAUCACCGCCGCUCUGGCUCUUGCUACUCCCAUCACUGCUGCCAUCUCAGCUGCCGAGGUCACCGUCAACAUCAAGGUCGUCACCCAGAAGAGCAUGGCGCUCCAGCAGCCAGCUCAGAGCAUCAGCCUUGUCAACGGUCCCCUCAUCCUUAUCGGCCAGGGACCUUUCCCCAAGCUCAUCUUCGGCUUUGCUGAUAUUGUUACAACCGCCACUGCUGCCAUCUCUCAGAUGCAAGGCAUGCCCAAGGAGCCUGCUGGCCCAGCCACCGAUGCAUUUGUCCGCGUUCAUCAAGCAUUGUUGAACAUCCUCAUCGGCAAGGCCGGUCUCUUCCAGGCUGUUCCUUUCAUCGGCCAGCCUAUUGCUGCCGUGCUGAGGCAGAUCGAGGGUGUUGUUGACACCAUUGCCUUCAUGCUCAUCGCCACCUUCGAGGCACGUGCUUCCGAUUUCCAGAAGGAGGCCUCGACCCUGACCGGUACCCUCAGCCUUUGCAUCGCCAAGUACGACGGUCUCUCUGUGAGCAGGAAUGCCAACACCAUGUCCACACGCCGCGCCAUCGCCGUUUAA